AUGUUGCUGCUUUGGAGCAAUCACGGAGUAUUUUCUCCUGAACUAGAUGAUGUGGUACCAAAGAGAAAGAUGAAGACGCUCCUGGUGUUUCUCAGUCUGUUCAGUUGUUCCAUCGCUAUGCCUAUGCAUAUGCCUCGCAUGGGUGGAUUUGGCAGUAAGAGUGAAGAGAUGAUGCGAUAUGGACAUUAUAACUUCAUGCACAUGCCACACAUGGCACACCUCAGUCCUCUGUAUGGAUACAACAUACGGCUUGCCCAGCAGUUUCCACAGUUCCAGAUGCCAAUGUGGCCCCAGCUACCACCAAACACAUGGCUUCCCCAGAGUCCCAUACCACCAAACAUACCAAGACCACAGAUGAAGGCAGGGGAAGGCCGGGAAACCCCAACACCCAACCAGCCACCGCCAACAAAGCCACCUUCGAAGAAGUCCCCUGAGGGCCCCCCUCGGCCGAAAGAAGAGGAUGAACAUCCUCCACAAUAUCCACCAUAUGGUAAUGGGAUGUUUCCUUUCCAGCAGCCACCAUGGCAGUUUCCACAGCGAGUGCCUCCGGGGUUUGGACGUCCACCAGGCAGCAAUGAGGAAGGUGGGAACCCUUAUUUUGGCUAUUUUGGAUAUCACGGAUUUGGAGGGCGACCCCCGUAUUAUUCAGAAGAGAUGUUUGAACAAGAUUAUGAAAAGCCCAAAGAGGAGGAGGAUCCACCCAAAGUGGAGAGCACCACCUCGGCCCCUCCCCCAAACACCACCACCCUUGAGACCAAUUCAACUCAACCAACUGUGCCUAGCCCAGGAGGCAGUCAAGGUGGAAAUGAGACCAGCCCAACAGGGAAUGAUGCUCAAGCUCAGAGCCCUGGGAACAACCAAGGAGUACAUCCCGGGGUUCAUUCGGCUCCCACUGUUAAUAUCUCAGUUCCUGAUGCACCAGGAAGCCAGAUCCCCCAGCUCCCAAGUCAGCCAAAUGUUUUCGAAAACUCUCCAAACCCUAAUUUUAGAGGCUUUCCUGUGGGCAGACAAUGGACCCAAAUAGGACUCCCUUCAGGACCUAGAAUGAGUAUCCCAUUUUAUAGAAGUUAUCCCAAUCAAAGGAACUACCAAUGGCAUAAUUUGGCCUAUAUAAGCAAACAAAUAGCUGGCCCAGGAAACACAGCUUACCAAAAAGCUUAUCCUUCCAUUUCUAAGAGCAAUUCUCCCAAUUAUGUAUCAAAUCUAGUAAAUAAUGGGCAAAACCCCCAGAGUCCAACCAAAGAGCCUGAAGAAACAAAUGGUGUGUCAGCAGAUGCCAAGCAUGUCACUGCCCAUGGAGAUGAGCAGACUCAAAACCCAAAAGAGAAUCCAACGACCCAGACAGAAAGGACAACCUUUCCGACAAGGGUCCCAACCAGCACCUGGAGAAACUCAGAAGGUUAUGAGACUAACAAGUCAAAUUACAAAUUACCUCCUCCAGAGGGCAGCCCUCCAAUACCAAGUGUCAAUUCAGUUGACCAACAUGAAAAUUCUUAUUAUCCAAGAGUAGAUUCCAGGAAAUUCCCAGCUGGUAUACAAACAUCAAAUUUUCCCAAGGGAGUGGUUUCAGAACCAAGAAAAGAUCCAUCUGAUACUGAAAUUAACCCACCAGAAAUGAAACAUGGAACCCACCACCCUACAUAUACUGAGGAUGUACCCUAUCCUCCAAGAGAAUCCUUUUUUCCUGGAAGCAACACAUGGAACCCCCAACAAGGAUCUCCAAUUUUUGAGGAUGAAACUAUGAGGCAGGAAGGCUCUUUACUUUAUCCAGCCCUUGGAGUAAGAGGAAACAUCCCCUACCCUGAAUAUACCCCCUACAAUCCCCAAAGGAACAAGGCUUUUGCUAAAGGUAACACAUGGAAUGAAAGAGGUGACUUUCCUGGUACUUUCAGGCCAGCAGGCCAGCCAGGAAACCCAUCAUACACCCUGAGUCCUCCUUCAGGUCAGAGACAUCCAUCAACUUACAACGAAGAGGAUCCAAUUGACCCAACAGGGGAUGAGUUUUACCAGGGACCUGAUGCAUGGGGGAAGAAAUCCAACUUCAAAGAAAGUCAAGUUAGGUACCGUGAAAAAUACCUGUAUGCCCCAAGUCAUCCAUCUGGAACAAAGGAAUACCUCCAGCAUUCCACAAAUAACUUACCAAGACAAAGAGGUUCUACUUAUGGUGAAUAUUAUCCCUGGCACCCAGAAGAACGUGUUCCAUCUUACAACAUGGCUCCUCCUCUAACACCUCCGGGAGAAAAAAGUGGGUAUUAUUAUCCUUCUAAUGCCUUUGAACAGGAAGAGAGUAUGCCAUCUCCAUCCUGGGGGUCAUGGGACCAAAAGAUUUAUAUCUCAGCAAAGAAAGGAAGGGUGCCAUAUUACAGUGGAAAUUCCUGGGGUCGGGCCACCAGUUUACACAAAUCCACAGCAAGUGUCCUGAGUCAAACAGACAGUCGACCCCUCUCCAGCAGCUUUCCAGUUGGGCUUAGCGGAAACCCAACAUAUCAAGAAGCAGAAAGCAUCAACUAUGACACUGAGCAAAUUAACAGGGUAAAUGUACCCGAGAAUGGACAGUUUAUGGUCACGGAAUCUGUGAUUCAAAACAACCCAAUAAAUCAAGGAGAAGAAAGUCCCUAUCCCCCAGCCAGCCAAAGACAUCCCUGCUGUGCUGGCAACCCCAUAGGGCUCAAAGACAGCAGCCCUCUUCUACCGCUAGACUACUCUCCACCCUUUGGUCUUGUUUCAGGGGAGCAUGGAGAAAGAAAUCCAGUGUAUGCAGAGGGCAGUCACACGAAGCAUGCUAGGCACAUCAUCUACCCCCCAGGUAUCCAAUCCAACCAGCGAAACAGUUCAGAGAAAAAUCUGCCCGAGGAAGAAGAGAAUGCAGAUCCCUUCAGGGACGACACAGUCACAUUGAAAAGAAGCUCACCAUGUUCCAAGAGGAGUGAAGUAGGCCAGAUGGAAAGUGUGGCUUUUUCUGAAGCCGACUCCCUAAAAGGAAACACACCAUGCCGCAAAAGUAUCUUCAGAGGAGAUGGGAACAAUGUCCUGGCAAAAAUCUUUGGCUCUGACCAGUUCAAUGAAAGAAACGAUAACCUUAUUCCUGAGGAACUUGGGGCUCCUGAAGACAGGCCCAAGCCAGAAAACAUCCAAAGUGAGGGGGCAGGAAGUGAGGGUCGCAUGAAGCAGAAAGGAGUGCCGAGCAUCCAACAGGUGCCAUGCCUCCACUCGGCGCUAGAAAAGCAUCUCCCUUCCAGCACGGGUCCUCCGUUUGGCAAGGGAAGAGCAGGCCUGUCGAAUGGAGAGCCAGCACUGGUCUCUGCCCAGCCCAGCAGCACACUGACUGGAUCGGAAGCCAGGGAACAGCUUGGUGACACUAAUAUCGACCCACUCAUUCCCUCCGAGCUGCCUCUUUCCUUUCUGUCCCUUCCAAGAGAGAUUCCAAGAAAUGCAGAGCUUCAGGUGCCAGACUGCCUGCUGCUUCAGAGCUAGGGACCCUCUGACAGAAGAUAAAUGGCAUCUUACAGCAGUGGUUCCCAAACAAACUUUGCAUCGCUAAGACUCUUUCUGGAUCAGAACAUAUCUGGUGACCAACACUCCCUCCAUACAACCUACGUUUCCUAGUCACAGCAGCCUUGAUGGUGCUGAGGAAAAUCCCUAGCAGUCAGGCUACUCGCAGAAAUCCAGGGUGGUUAUCCAGAGAAGGCUGGAUCUUGUGCUUAUGUGGCAAAUGGCAGGGGCACAGCCGGCCAUCAAAGCUUAGAGAGGCCCAUCUUAGCCAACCUUGGCACCCUUUGCUUGCUGAUACUUCCAUUUCUCUGAAGAUGCAACAUUUGCAAAACAGAUGGCUUCUGCAACAAUUAGAAGCCUCAGGAACUCUCCAUUUGAGCGCAGAAUUCUCUGCUCAAUCUAGCCAGAUCUGUGUGCUUUUCACUUUUUUUCUCAUUUGGGUCUUUGUUGGAAUUUUUCCUAUUUCUCUCUAAUUUAAGGUUCUCUUUGUGGCAGAAAAGGCAAUGUUGCAUGGUGGUUAGAGAGCUGGCCUUGAAGCCAGGAAGACAUGGGCUCAAGUCCUGCCCCUGGUUCAUCCAGGCUCUGUGGCCCUAGGCAAGUCCUUAACUUCUCUGUGCUUUCUAGGCAAUUCUCUAAGGCUUUAAGUUGCAGAGAAGGUGUUAGCCUCCCUUAGCAGAAGGACUUUUCUCACCCUGGAGUUUCCUAUGCUAAUGAAAUCUUGAUUUCACUCCCUUGUGGAACGCUCUCUCCUCCCCCCACCCACUUCCUUCUUUCUCUCUUUAUCUGACAUUUUCUUCC